AUGUCAGUUCCAGAUUUUCAAUCAAAAUGGGUUUUUGUUAUUUCUGUUCAAGAAUUGGACGAUUCGAAACGCGAAGAGCUCAAGUAACAAAUAAUUAGCUUUUAAAACUGAUUAUAUCGAAAAUUAUAAUUUCAGAGAAUUUUCUACUUGGUUCAUGCAAACAUUCAAAAAAGAAGGAGCAUUGAGUGGUCAUAUCUUUAACUAUGAUGUGAGUGUUUCAGAGAAUAAUUAAAAAUAAAUAAAGUUACAAAUAAUGUUUUAGGACUCCCCAAUCGCCACAUUUGAAACCGAAGUCAACAAUUUUGAUUCGUGCACUGAUGUUUACCAAAAAAUUCAAAACGUUUGUUAAAAUGUUCUUCCAGACAUCAUAAAGUUCAUAAUGUUUUCAGAACCAUCCUCAAGUUGUUUUGGUUGUUCAUAUUUUACCACAAGUUCAAUCCAGCGAAUACGAAUGGAUGAAAAUUCUUGCUCAAAGAUAUGGAUUGAUGCGACAGGGAAUUUUGUAUGAAAACGCUGUGAAACGUUUCGAAGGUCUUGAUUUGAGUGCUUCGAAUAUCUUUAGAAAAAUGUGUCAAUGGAAUUAUCGAAGUAGUUUAGCAAUGUUGCGUGGAGAAGGAAAUGCGUGCGGUUUAUUGAUUGGAAAAUCAAACACUCCAACUCUAGAAAAAGUUCUUUAUAAUACUGAUGAUAUUCGUAUUGCUGUUAACAAAGUUUUGCACAAAGAAGAAGAACCAAAAGGUAUUCAUUUUAUUUUGAUUUUAAUUUCUUUGGUUGUUAUCUAUGAAAAUGAGGGACUGGGGACUAGGAAACCAAAUAGUUUAUUCUAUUUUAUAGGAAACGAGUCGGAAAAUUAUAUUCGAGUAUGUGGUUAUCCGGAGAUGUUGAAUUCAUUCGGAAUUGCUCAAAUUUUAGCACCAUUUAGAGUUUUGGAUAUUUCACAAAUCAAAGCAAAUGAGGCGAUUGUUUUGGUGGAAAACAAAUUCCAAGCCUAUCAGGUAUUUUAUAUAUGUUUUAUUGAUGUUAAAGUCGUUGUUUUUCAGGCGUGCCGAGAUUUGAAUGGCAAAGUUUUGAGCCGAAACAAUACUCUCAAAGUAUCUCCACUUGGAACAAAUGUCACAACAAAACUGACAAAUCUUUAA